AUGGGGAAGAGUCGGGCGCGGAAGGCGGCGAAGGCGGCGAAGGCGGCCAACGUUUUCGCUAUCGCCCGCGGCGCUGCCGCCGGGAAGGCCCGCGGGAAGGGCCGGGCGCGGCCCGUCACCUCCGGGCUGAGAAAGAUAAACAUUGCAAAUGCUGACAAAGUGAGCAAGAUAAAUAAAGCUUUUGCUGAAAUUCAGAAAGAAGUACGGCAACUAUCGAAAGGUACUGCAGCAGAACCUCCAAAGAACCAGCAGGUUACUACACCUUCAGAAGAGGAACCAGCAAAUGUGGAUGCUGCCACAAGUCUGUUAUCACAGCUGUAAUGCGUAACGGAUGAUGAAGAGAUUCCAAGAAUUGAAGGUCACACAGGCUUUCUUUGUAAAAUUUUAUUAAAAAAAUCUUGUUAAUAUACAA